AAUGGAACAGUUUCAUGAAAAUAUAAAACAAAUAAAAUAUGAUCAGAAACUGCAAGAGAAUUCCGGGACUGAAGUACAUCAGGCUGGAAAUGCAAAGGAAGAAAAGAAGAGUGUACAUCGCUUGCUGUACCCAGACUCAUUCCUGUUCAAACGCUGGGGUACAGAUUUAAGAGAAGAGGAGCAAACUGUUGCACAGAAUCUGUUCUUAAAAUAUGGGUACAAUGUUUAUCUCAGUGAUCGCCUACCUCUGGACCGACUUAUUAAGGACACCAGAUCUCCUAGCUGUCAAAGGAAAACAUAUCCUCAAGCUCUCCCAACACUCAGUGUUGUCCUUAUAUUUAUGAAUGAGGCACUGUCAAUCAUCUUACGUGCAAUUACUAGCAUAAUUAAUCGAACACCUUCUCAUUUAUUGAAAGAAAUCAUCCUGGUAGAUGAUUACAGUUCAAAUGAUGAUCUGAAAGGACCUUUGGAAGCACAUAUCAAAAGUUACAAUGCAAAGCAUCUUGGACUGCUUAAAAUCAUAAGACAUCAGAAAAGAGAAGGCCUGACACAAGCUCGGAUUUCUGGCUGGAAGGCAUCAACUGCAGAUGUUGUUGCAAUUUUGGAUGCUCAUGUCGAAGUUAAUGUAGCGUGGGCUGAACCUAUCCUGUCUCGAAUAAAAGAAGAUCGCACUGUUAUUAUAUCACCAGUAUUUGACAAUAUUCGCUUUGAUGACUUUGAACUUCUCCAGUAUGCAGUGGCUGCGGAUGGAUUUGACUGGGCUCUCUGGUGCCUUUAUGAACCUUUACCAGCUGAAUGGUAUGCUCUCAAAGAUGAAACAGCUCCAGUUCGGAGCCCAUCUAUAAUGGGGAUUCUUGUUGCACAUAGAGAAUUUUUGGGUGAGAUUGGUGUUCUGGAUGGUGGAAUGCACAUAUACGGAGGAGAAAAUGUGGAACUUGGCUUGAGGGCCUGGCAGUGUGGAGGGAAAAUAGAAGUAUUACCCUGCUCAAGAAUCGCUCAUUUGGAAAGAGCUCACAAGCCUUAUUUGCCAGACUUGAGUAUCUCUGUGAGACGGAAUGCCUUGAGGGUGGCAGAAGUGUGGAUGGAUGACUACAAGUACAUGGUCUACUUAGCGUGGAAUCUUCCAGUGGAGAAUCCUGGAAUAGACUUUGGAGAUAUUUCUUCCAGAAGGGAACUAAGGAAGAAACUGAACUGUAAAAGCUUUGACUGGUACAUUAAAAAUGUUUACCCUAAUUUAGUAGUUCUGCCCAACAUUGUUGCCUAUGGAACAAUGAAAAACACAUUGAAAGAAGAUAUCUGUAUUGAUCAAGGUCCUAUUCCUGGAAAUACACCAAUUAUGUAUGUUUGUCAUGCAUAUUCACCACAGCAUAUCUUUUAUCACAGCACUGGAGAAAUAUACAUAGGAGGUUUGCGUGCCCGACUGAAUAUGAUUGAUCGAUGUCUAACUGACCCUGGGAGUGGAGACCUGCCAGUUUUAGAGCAAUGUGACACAGCUUUGAAUAAAGGCCUGAACAUGUACUGGGAUUUUAAGCAAGGAUCAGCAGUAAUCAAUAGAAACACUAGAAGGUGCCUUGAAAUCAUAGAAGACAAACAGGCUUCAUACACACUUGUGAUGCAGACCUGCUCAGGACAAAGAUGGAAUAUUCAACAUAUUCUUAAGGAUUGGGGAAAGACAAAAGUUCUGGAUCAGAAGACCGAGAAUUCAAAGCAUUGA